AUGCAUCAAGAUUGCAUAGAAUAUGCCAAGAGUUGCCAAGAUUGUCAAUUUCAUGGAUCAGUGCAGAGAGUUUCUGCUUCUGAGAUGUAUGCAAUAAUUAAGCCUUGGCCUUUUCGAGGUUGGGCUAUGGAUUUGAUUGGAGAAAUUCAGCCGAACUCAUCGGCUGGUCAUAAGUUUUUGAUAGUGGCCGUUGAUUAUUUUAUUAAGUGGGUAGAACUAAAACCCGCAAGGUUGGUCACUCAAAAGGAGAUUAUUGAUUUUGUAGAAGAUUCCAUAAUUCAUUGCUUUGGGAUUCCCGAGACGAUUACAACCGAUCAAGGAACAAUGUUCACAGGAGGACAGUUCAUUCGGUUCAUGAAAUCUCGGAAGAUUAAAUUGCUUCAUUCAUCUCCUUAUUAUGCCGAAGCGAAUGGACAAGCCGAAGCAGCAAAUAAGGUAAUUAUAAAUCUUAUGAAGCGGCAUAUCGAAAAAUAUCCAGGGAAAUGGAAUGAAAAACUUUCAAAAGUAUUAUGGGCAUGUCGAACUUCGGUAAAAGCGUCAACAGGAAUGACUCCAUUCCAACUAGUAUAUGGCCACGAGGCCGUGAUACCAGCUGAAAUAAUGGUUCCUUCGUUAAGAGUGGAAAAACAAAAUGAAUUGUCGGCUAAUGAAUAUAAUACGUUGAUGAACGAGGAAAUGGAGGAAAUACAUGAAACUCGGCUAAUGGCGUUGAACCAUUUGCAAGCUUAUCAAAGCCGAGUGCGCGGUGCAUAUAAUAAAAAGGUAAAAGCUAAGUCCUUUGCAGUGGGUGAGUUAGUUCUUAGAUUAAUAUUUCCAAUCGGUCGAAAAGACCGAGCAUAUGAAAAAUGGACCCCAAAUUGGGAAGGACCAUUUCAAGUUAACAAAGUUGCAAAAGGAAAUGCAUAUUACUUAAAAAAGACAGAUGGGUUAGAAAGUGAGAAGCCAAUCAAUGGAAAGUAUCUAAAGAAGUGUUACCCAUCAAUGUGGGAGAAUAAUUAA